AUGAACCCCGUCAGCAUCGGGGAGUACCAUGGCCUACGGGUGGGAUCUUCCCUGCUCAGCAUUGUGGCGGGUUGCAUCAUCAUUGGGGUGUCCAGGGAGUGUGACGCUGAUGCUGUAGGAGGGAUCUUUCUGGGAGCGGGAGGCCUCGGUCUCCUCAUAUCGAUCUACCCCUUCAUAAAAGCCUGGUUGAACAUCAACCAUAUUCUUCCAUCCUUUGGAAACUUCAGAGUGCACCCCACAACUGUCAAUCCGGCUCCUGAUCAACCUGUAGAGACAGUAAGAAGAGAAGGGACUCAGAGUCAACUAAAUCUGGAGCGCUCCAAGAGUCGAAUGGGAACCUUUGUGGAGGGCGGACCGACGGCUGAGCCCAACCCAGAAGAAGGGACAUCUUCAGACAUGCCAGACGUCUUAUCUAGACGGAAACUUAAGCAGCCACCUUCUGAUCAAGACCUGCCAUGAUGUCAUCACAUGACCUGGCUGACCAAUAUUAUUCAACUUCCCCACUAAAUGUUCUUCAUUAGGUUUCUUUCAAGUGUGUGACAAAAGAUGCUGAUUUUCUGUAGAAUCGCUGUAUCAGCUGAACUUGUCCUGAUUGUUGGGAUCACCUCGUGAAAUUGUACUUAUAUGGCUUAAUAAACGACUCCAAAGAUUAAA